CAGCUGUUUUGUAUAAGUUGUUCAUUAGCCCUGGUAUAAGAAGGGCGAGUUGUGGUGGCAACCCUAUUGCAAUAGCACGUGCAACAUAAGCGAAAUAAACAAAUUUAUUUAAUUAAAUAUGAAGAAAAAGACUGAAAAACCAAUUUCGGAUGAGGAAGAAAGCAACGCCGAGGAGUCUGAAGCAUCAGACGAGGAGAGCGAAAUGGAUUUGGAAGCCAGUGCAACAGAAUCUGAUGAAGAUGAAGAUGACGCAGAAUCAGAAUCUGAAUCGGAGCAGGAAGCAGAGACUGCGACCAAAUCGAAAGCGGAAUUGAUUGAAGAACAACUACACAACAAAUACGAGCAGCUAAGGGGAACUCGAUUAUAUGUGCGCUUUCCCCAGAAGCUUCCGUUGGAUGACCAGGAAUUCGAUUCGAAGGUGAAGGCACUGCAUCCGCUGGUCUCCAAGGCGUCAAAGCCACGUCAAAAACACGCGCGCUUUUGUCUGGUGGAAUUCAAGUCGCAGGAGGAUCGGGAUGCAGCUCUGCAGGACAUCAAAACAUCCAUUGCAAGCGAUGAAGCAUUCAAGGGCAUCUAUGUCUCGCUGCCCAAGACGGAUUCGGAUGAGUUUGUCAACGAACUUGUGGCGCGCAAACAGCAAUCUUUAGAGAAAAAGAAAAACAAAUCCCUCUUAAAGCGCGCCACAAAGCAGGUGCAGCGCAAGGACAACUUCACCUCAUCGGUGGUCAUCACCAAUCUGCCCAAGACCGCGUCCGUGGCUCAGGUGCGCAAGCUCUUCGAGAAUGCCGUCGAUAUUCAAAUCAAACCCGGCAAGGGGAGAUUCCGUGACUAUAGCGCCGCCACUGUGACUCUGCCCACCACCUACGAUGCCCGUAAAGCCAUCAAACAGGAUCUAAACAUUUCCGGCAGCAAGCUCGUCUUGCGUUUCAAUACGCAGCAGAAGAAGAAGAAAGCAAACAAUAAGAACUUGAAGCGAAAAGCAACUGGCGAAGAGGUUCCCAACAAAGUGGCCAAAAGCAAGAAGGCCAAGAAAGCUGCUACCGCUAACUAGUUAAUAACUGCAUUAGGAUUACCUCUUAAUAAUAUGUAUCUACACUUUUUACAUAAGAUAUAGUGUUAAAUAAACUAUAUAUUUGACCAGAAC